AUGGUUGUCUAUCUCAUCCUUGUGUUGCUAUCCUGUACCAUAUUCUUUUUCGUGUCAUAUUCUAAUGCGGUAGACAGUGUAUCUGCAAAUCAACCAAUCAUAGAUGGAAACACAAUUGUUUCAUAUGGCGAGACGUAUGAACUUGGGUUUUUUAGCCCCGGAAAGUCAAAGAAUCGAUAUUUGGGGAUAUGGUACAAGAAGAUAUCACCUUGUACAGUUGUCUGGGUUGCUAACAGGCACACACCAAUCACCGAUGCAUCUGGGGUGUUUGAAGUCACUACAGAUGGAAUCCUGCUGAUUCACAGUGGUAUUAGUAUCGGUAAUAGAUCAGUGAUUUGGUCAUCAAAUUCUACAAUAUUAUCUGUUAAUCCAGUGGCACAGCUUCUGGACACUGGAAAUCUUGUGGUGUGGGAUGAAAGUAGCAACAAAGAAAAUCCGAUCUGGCAAAGUUUUGACUACCCUGGUGACACAUUCCUACCAGGAAUGAAAUUUGGGAAGGAUUUGAUAACAGGAAGAGAGAGAUACUUGACAUCUUGGAAGAGCCCUGAUGAUCCUUCUGUAGGAGAGUAUAAACUCUGGUUAGACACAAAUGGAUAUCCACAAAUAUUUGUGGUAAAAGGUCUAGUUAGACAUUCCAGGCUUGGACCAUGGCAUGGUCUUGGGUUUCGCGGGUUUGCAUUGGAAAACACGAAUCCAAUUUUAUAUGCAGAGUUUACUGUUAACGAUAAGGAAAUAUAUUAUGGAGUUAAACUAAAGAGUUCAGUUAUUCUGAGGAGGGUUAUGAUGAAUGAUGGCAACCCACGGCAGUUGAAUUGGAUCCAGCGAACCCAAGAAUGGGUCAUGUAUGGAAAUAUAGUAGUUGAUAGUUGCAGUUAUUAUGGACGUUGUGGUCCUUAUGGAAUCUGCAGCAUCGAACUUCCCCCUUGUAGGUGUAUGGAAGGUUUUGAACCACGAGUGUCAGAAGAUUGGAAUGGAGGAGAUUGGUCGUUAGGGUGUCAACGCAGAAAGCCUUUGAAUUGUGGGACUCGGGAUGUCUUCCAUAAAAUUUCAGGAGUGAAAUUUCCAGACACACAGCGCUCAUGGUGUAGACAAAUCGACUACAAUAAAUAA